AUGCCUGUCGGUGUGACCGCGAAUGCUAUCAGGGAGUUAACUUCGCCCACCGCCCCGACCGUCACUGCUUGCCCUGUGCUUUCGAGCGCUUGCCUCCAGCACUAUAUCUCAAUCACAAAGCCUCCUCCACUAUACCGAGCACCAUACCUGAACCCUAAAGGCCUCCCCAGCACUAUACCUCAAUUACAAAGCCUCCUCCACCCUACCCAGCACCAUACCUCAACCCUAAGGCCUCCCCAGCACUAUACCUCAAUUACAAAGCCUCCUCCACUAUACCGAGCACCAUACCUGAACCCUAAAGGCCUCCCCAGCACUAUACCUCAAUUACAAAGCCUCCUCCACCCUACCCAGCACUAUACCUCAACCCUAAGGCCUCCCCAGCACUAUACCUCAAUUACAAAGCCUCCUCCACUAUACCGAGCACCAUACCUCAACCCUAAAGGCCUCCCCAGCCCUAUACCUCAAUUACAAAGCCUCCUCCACCCUACCCAGCACUAUACCUCAACCCUAAGGCCUCCCCAGCACUAUACCUCAAUUACAAAGCCUCCUCCACUAUACCGAGCACCAUACCUCAACCCUAAAGGCCUCCCCAGCACUAUACCUCAAUUACAAAGCCUCCUCCACUAUACCCAGCACCAUACCUCAACCCUAAAGACCUCCCCAGCACCAUACCUCAACCCUAAAGGCCUCCCCAGCACUAUACCUCAAUUACAAAGCCUCCUCCACUAUACCCAGCACCAUACCUCAACCCUAAAGACCUCCCCAGCACCAUACCUCAACCCUAAAGGCCUCCCCAGCACUAUACCUCAGUUACAAAGCCUCCUCCACCCUACCCAGCACCAUACCUCAACCCUAAAGACCUCCCCAGCACCAUACCUCAACCCUAAAGGCCUCCCCAGCACUAUACCUCAAUUACAAAGCCUCCUCCACUAUACCGAGCACCAUACAACUUCUUUCCCCUCCUCUCGCUUCAUCACAGAGCUCUCUCCAUCACUCAGACAAGAAGUCCAAUAUUGA